AUGCAUCCAACCGUGUCAAUUGCUCCAAAGAAAAUCGGAAUGGCUUCAACGUCUUCAGGAAUCAAGAAAGCCAAAACAACCGCUCAAGUCAGAUUCAAUGCCGAAGAGCGCGCAGAGCUCAAAAAAUUAUCAGCAAUGCUCCCACCAACUCCAAAAUCCACAGAUCCAUCCCAGGUUGUCUUCCAAGCAGCAACCUAUAUUCAACAAUUGGUUGCCACCGUGCAAGCUCGAGUAAAUAAUGGAACCCUACCUAAAGGUGAGUAAAUUCGCUCUACUGAUAAAGAUAAAAAAUUCUGGUUUCUUUCUUAUCACGCGAAAAAGAUGCUUCACACACACCUAGGCUACGUAUACCUUAGGUAUACGUUAGGGAUACUUUAUCCAUAACGUAUACUUUUUUUUGUCCAUAACGUAUACGUGUUUUCAACGGAUACAAAACGUGUAAAAUUUCAUGGAAGAUUUUGACUGUUUUUUUGGACUAAAUCUGUCCCUUAUGAGCAUGGGAGUUAGUUUAACAACUUUUCGCGAGGUUUCGAGACCAUUUCGAAUAAAUUUAUGGUGAAAGUUGAAAUUUUGGAAAAGUGGACGUAACGUGUAUAUUUUUCAUCCGUAAAGUAGACUUGGCAAAAAUUGAUAAAUCAUUGGAGGUUUUUCGAAAAACUUAAUUUUCGUUGUUUUCUCAAUGUUUGUGAUGUCAAAGAAUGAAUCAAAAACUCAAUUCGAUAAUCGGAAAGACUUUUUAAAAAGUACACGUAACGGAGAUGUAUUAUUUCCAUAACGUACACUUUUUCAUCUCCAUAAAGUAUACGUUGAGUACAUUUUUUGUAACCUAUAAAAAAUACAUUUUCAUUUUUAUAAAUUUUCCAUCCUACGUCUUAUAGAUAAGUUCUUUCAUAAUUUCAGUACUUUUUCUUUCCUAGUUAAUUGUUUCUAUACAAUUUUGGCCAUUUUUGUCUUCAUUUUCCACUCAAAAAGAAAAAUUUGCUCAAAAUUAGGUCUAAGUUUCAUUCCUGGACUGAUAUCCCAUGUAUUUUCAGUCAUUUUCAUAUUUUAUCACGUUUUUAUUUGCAAAUAAACAUUAGUAAAACUCAAAAAUUGCAAGAAAAACGCGAAAUCCAGAAAAAAAAGAUAAGCCCCGCCCACUUCCCACGAAAAACAUAGCGUAGCGCGCAGCACGCGAGGUGUCGGUCGCUAGAAUUAUAUAAGUAGACAGAGCGCUUUCCCUUCCCCAAAGCGUGUUUCGCUAAAAAACGCAGAGGAAUGGAAGUUUUUUCUAAGCAAUAUUGAAUUGCAGUCAAUUUUGAACUGAUCUAUAACUGAAAUAGAUUCACAUUAUCAAUCUGAAAAAUAAAUUCUGAAAUUUCAAAAGUACACUUUUUAUGUCCGUAAUUUUGUCCGUUACGUACACGUGAGAGUCUCCAUAUGGACAUCUCAGGUGUACUUAACGUACAAGUGUGCGAGAAUCAAAAAGUGUACGUUAUGGAGACUUUACGUAUACGUACCCGAGGUGUGUGUGUUGCGAAAUAACUGGGGGUAUAGCUCAGUGGUAGAGCGCUCCCUUAGCAUGGGAGAGGGCUGGGGUUCAAUUCCCCAUACCUCCAUAAAUUUUUUUUUUCAUUCAAAUAAAAUUUUUUCAGAAGCCCUCGAUGCACUUCCACCAGCAUUUGCAAAGGUUCGAAAAUCUUCGAAGAAACAACGUCGCUCCGUUGAGAAGAAGCGCUAA